UAUAUCGGGCUUCCAUCAAAGCCAAACGUCGCACAUUGUAUCACAUAUAUUGGAACACAUACUAGCAAACAAAAAUUAAAAAUCGGAAAAUUAUGUGGAAGGUAGCGUUGUUGAUCGUAAUCCUGUCCGCUGCAACGGAUAAAAGUGUUGCAAACGACUGCGUGCCACGAAGUUUCGGGACGGAUAAUAUCGUAUGCGUUUGCAACUCAACUUACUGCGACAGCACGCCGGAACCAGAGCCGAAGAGUCCAGAGAAAGGUACUUUUCACUGGUACGUAUCGAGCAGAGAUGGCCUCAGAUUGAGCUUGUCAAAAGGAAAGAUCGGCCAUUGUCAAAACGAUGAUGAAUCUGUAACUCUGAACAUCAAUACCUCGAAGAGGUAUCAAACGAUCCUCGGUUUUGGUGGUGCUUUUACCGACUCGACGGGAAUAAAUAUCAGAAAUCUGAGCGAGGCUACUCAGGAUCAAUUAAUCAGGGCGUAUUUCGAUCCGAAAAGUGGAAGUAAAUAUACAUUAGGCCGUAUACCAAUAGGAGGAAGUGACUUCUCUACGAGAGCCUAUACAUUGGACGAUCACGAUGGUGAUGCGACGUUGCAACAUUUCGCGCUUGCUCCUGAAGAUAUCGAGUAUAAGAUACCGUACGCGAGGAAAGCUGUCGAAUUGAAUCCCGAUUUAAUAUUCUUUAGCGCUGCGUGGUCGGCCCCGAAAUGGAUGAAAACUAAUCAUAGAAUCAAUGGAUUUGGUUUCUUAAAGUCCGAAUAUUAUCAGACUUUUGCCAAUUACAUAGUAAAAUUCUUAGAUGAAUAUAAAAAAAAUGGAAUAGAUAUAUGGGGUGUUUCAACUGGAAACGAGCCAUUCGAUGUCUAUGUUCCUUUUGAGCGUCUUAACAGCAUGGGAUGGACACCAGAGCUGGUUGGCGAUUGGAUCGCUAACAACUUAGGUCCAACUUUAGCAAAUUCUGAACAUAAUGGCACACGAAUUUUCGUUUUCGACGAUCAAAGAAUAGGAUUACCUUGGUUCGUCGACAAAAUCUUUAAAAAUGAAAUUGCGAAAAAUUAUGUUUACGGAAUAGCUGUACAUUGGUACACGGAUAUAUUGAUUCCACCGAUAGUAUUAGAUGAAACGCACAAUAAUUUUCCUGAUAAAAAAAUUUUGCUGACCGAAGCAUGUGAAGGAUCUUUUCCAUUGGAAAAAAAGGUUGUGUUGGGAUCAUGGGAAAGAGGAAAAAGAUAUAUAUUAAGUAUAACGCAGUAUAUGAAUCAUUGGGGAGUUGGAUGGGUGGAUUGGAAUUUAGUUUUGAACAAAAAUGGUGGACCAAACUACAUCAAUAAUAACGUCGAUUCGCCCAUUAUUGUAAAUCCGGAAAAUGAUGAAUUUUAUAAACAGCCAAUGUAUUACGCUCUUAAACACUACAGCAGAUUCGUCGACAGAGGGUCGGUCAGGGUUUUCAUCACCAAUACGAUUGAAAUUAACGCCGCAGCCUUUGUAACACCCUCGAACGAAAUUGUGGUUGUUGCGUAUAACGACAAUAAUGAAAAAACAAAUGUGGUUCUAAACGAUGUGGCAACUAAAAAUUAUAUUUGUUUGGAAUUACCCCCACAUUCUAUGAAUACUGUAAUUUACAACAGAUAGAAUGCUCGUUUGAAAUGAAAUAUAUUAUUAAAUUCUAUUAUGUUAAAAAUGUAAAAUAAAAUUAUAUCGUAUUAUAAAUAAUAAAUGAGAAGAUGUAUUAUUAUUA